UCGUCAAAAGAUUACAAACUCACGUGCAAAUUCUCGUAAUAUUACGACUUCUUCGCCACUUUAUUUACGUGAUACUAUAAGUUUGAGCAUUUCAACAAAAGGCAAUAGAAAAACUUUCCCAAGUCGUCGAAAUAAGAUAAAUUCACGUGUAAAUUCUCUUAAUAUUACGACUUCAUCUUCACAUUAUUUAUCUGAUAUUACGACUUCAUCUCCACUUUAUUUAUCUGAUACAACAA